CAGCAGAGGCAGUGUCGCACGUGGACGCUCGGAGGAUGCAUACAGUCAUCACAGGAGGGAAAGGACUAGGAUGCCCCAGUGACGGCAAGCAGGACAAGGAAGAUACUUCUAUUGGAGGGAAAGAUUUCCUCGAAGAAGUGAUGAAGGCUCACGAGAAAGAAUUAGAAUUCCAAGAGAACGGGGUGGAGCUAAGAGAAAAAGGGGUGGAGCUAAGAGAAAAAGGUGCGGAGUUACAAGAGAAAGAGGUGGUGUCAACUGCGAAAGAGAAAGAUCUGAAUCCACUUGAAGAAAGGUUGGAUCCCUGUAAGAAAGAUGGAAAAUCACAAGAGGGAGAGACCGAGGCCAAAGAGAAAGGGUCAGAGCUUCUUGUAAAAGGUGUGGAGUCUCAGAAGAAAGAGGAGGAAUCACGAAGGGCGGAGCAACCUAGAAAUGGAGAGGCGUCACCAGAAAGCGGGCUGCAAGUACCUGAAAGUGAGGGAAUAUCACUAGACAGGGAAAUUAAAAGGAGAGACGGGGCCCUGAUGUCAAAGGGAGGUGAAGUGGAUCGCUAUUAUGUCCUAGGUCAGCAAAUGAACAGAGAAGAAGACCUUUGUCACGAAUUCAAAGGUCACCGCAGCAUCUCCAUCCACGACCUUCACAACCUGUGUCUAAACACCGAUGGAACGACAGACCGCAGCCGCAAUGCCGUGUCAAUACCUUUGUGUGCCAUGCUGAAUUCGAGUCACGGUGGCACGAUUUACCUCGGAGUGGCAGACGACGGUCAGGUGAAAGGCAUGGGACUUACUAGGUACCAGCGCGACCACGUCGAGGCGUCUCUCAGGUGGACGCUGAGCAAGUACGCCCCCCCUGUAUCUGAGUCGCGGUAUUGCGUCAAGUUCGUGCCAGUGGCUUCCUCCAAAAACCCAGAGAGGUCUUUCAAGUUCCAGGAAGAAAUAGUGGACGAAAAAAGGCGUGCUCAACCACAUCAUGUAGCACAGCCUAAUUACUGCUGGUGUGAUAUGGACGCCUCUGCUCUGCGGGCUCUUGGAAGGCUGCCCAUGCUUUUCGUGGUGGAGGUGCAUAUCCGCCCGUGGGACCCUCACUGCCACCCCUCCAGCGUGGAAAGGAACCCCCUGUAUGGUGACGCUCCUCCGCUGCCCCCUUUGCACCUUACGGAAGCCGGCGGGAUGUACGUUCGUCAGAGUUGCCGUCAGCCGAGGCUGUGCCUCGAGGACGUCCGGAGACUCGAAGUACACCGAGUGAAAGAACACUACGCGCUGAAGGCGGUUGCUCUCGAGGAACGCUACCUCGCUCUCAGGGACCUCGCUCUCCAGCACGGCGUCGAAGUGCCCACGUGAGUCCCCGCUGAGGUUGUUCUUCACAGCCCCGGUCGCAGCCUCUCGGAAGAUUAGUGCAAGGAAAAGGAGGAGAUAGUUUCUCGUGCGUGUAUGCUGUUUAUUUUUUUAUGCCUGUUUCUGUGCUUUUCUCUAUUUACAUUUCUCUAUCUCUGUCACUGUAUUUGUCUUUCUCUCUUUCUCUUUCUCUCUUUCUCUUUCUCUCUUUCU